AUGAUCACUACUACCGGGUUAUCUGCCCGCUUCUCUAGGCGGGCUGCCAUCCCCGCAUUCCGCAGUCAAAGACAGUUCAGCUCCGCCCGCCCGACAUUGAGAGAAAUCCAGGAUGCUUACAUUCUGAGUGCCGCGCGAACACCCACAGCCAAGUUCAAUGGUUCCUUCACCUCCGUUUCAGCCCCCGAGCUGGGUGCCGUUGCCAUCAAGUCGGCUCUGAGCAAAUCCAAGGUCCCCGUGGACAAGAUCACCGAUGUCUACAUGGGAAAUGUGCUCCAGGGAUCCGUUGGCCAGGCUCCUGCUCGUCAAGCAUCCAUGUUUGCUGGUUUGCCGUCCACGGUCGAAUCUUUGACUGUGAACAAAGUGUGCGCCUCCGGCUUGAAGGCGGUUGUCCUGGCUGCCCAGAAUAUUCAGCUUGGCUUGGCGGAGGCUCAAGUCGCCGGUGGUAUGGAGAACAUGAGCCGUGUGCCGUAUUACAUGUCCCGUGCCAGUCAGCUACCUCCCUUCGGUGAGAUCAAGCUGGAAGACGGUCUGAUCAAGGAUGGUCUUUGGGAUGUAUACAACAAGUUCCACAUGGGCAUCUGCGCCGAACAAACCGCCAAGAAAUAUGACGUCUCGCGAGAGGACCAGGACCAGUACGCUAUCCAGUCGUAUGAGCGUGCCCAACAGGCCUGGAAAGAGAACAAAUUCGCAGAUGAAAUCGCCCCUGUAACUGUCAAGAGCAAGAAGGGAGAGACUGUGAUCGAGCGGGACGAGGGCUACGAGAAUCUUCGUGUUGAUAAAUUGACUACUCUCAAGCCUGCCUUUCUGCGAGACGGGACUGGCACCGUCACUGCCGGCAAUGCCUCCACUAUGAACGAUGGUGCUUCUGCUCUUGUUAUUGGCAACAAGGAGUUGGCGCGCGAGUUUGGUGCCGGUGGUCGUGUGCUGGCCCGGAUUGUGUCAUCGGCGGACGCAGCCAUCGACCCUGUUGACUUCCCUGUUGCUCCGGCCAAAGCCGUCCCGAUUGCCCUGGAGCGCGCUGGUAUCACUAAGGAUCAAGUGGCCGUAUGGGAGUUCAACGAGGCUUUUGCGGCAGUCAUCAAGGCCAAUGAGAAGAUUCUCGGCCUGGAGAACGCCAGAGUCAACAUGCUCGGUGGUGCCAUCUCUCUUGGCCACGCUCUUGGCAGCUCCGGCUCCCGUAUCCUCGUCACCCUCCUCCACCAGCUACAGCCCGGGGAGUACGGCGUGGCUGCUAUCUGCAAUGGUGGUGGAGCUGCGACCGCAAUGGUUGUGCAGAAACUGGACCGUGUGGAUUAG